AUGCUCUCCACGUCCUCCACGCAGGACUGUGAGGGCGUGCUGGAGAAGCGCAGCGGCGGGCUGCUGCAGCUGUGGAAGCGGAAACGCUGCGUGCUCACCGAGCGUGGGCUGCAGCUCUUCGAGGCCAAGGGCACGGGCGGCCGGCCCAAGGAGCUCAGCUUUGCCCGCAUCAAGGCCGUGGAGUGCGUGGAGAGCACCGGGCGCCACAUCUACUUCACGCUGGUGACCGAGGGCGGCGGGGAGAUCGACUUCCGCUGCCCGCUCGAGGACCCCGGCUGGAACGCCCAGAUCACCCUGGGCUUGGUCAAGUUCAAGAACCAGCAGGCCAUCCAGACCGUGCGCGCCCGCCAGAGCCUCGGCACUGGGACCCUCGUGUCCUAAUCGCCAGGCAUUCUGUUUUACCUUUAUGCCCCACCACCAGCACGCUGCCCGGAGGCCCGGCCAGCUUGCCGGCCCCUCUGGCUCACGGGGCAUGACCCUGCUCCAUUUGGCAAGGCAGAAGCCAUGGACACACGGAGGCGGCAUGGGAGCUGAAGAAGUGGACGGGGCCCAGGAAGGAAGGCAGAAGGCCAGGCAGGGCUGAGGAUGAAGAUUCAGCCCCUGGAUGCACUCGGGCUCUCAGGACACCUGGCUCAGGACUCCUUGCCACAGGCCUGGCCUUGUGUAUGGGGAUGGGGAGCUGCCUUCAAAGCUCUCUCUGCUGGGGGCCCCCAUAGACUGCUGUUUUGUCCCUAGGCUUUGUGCCCUGCCCAGGCACCAAGCCACCCUCCCAGGACUCAGGAGGCCAGCCUGGCACCGGAGGAGGGGCCCCUCUGGACUUAUCUCUGGGGAGGGAGCUGAAGGGCCUGCAGUCC